CACAGAAGAAAUAUUUCUGCCAAGUAUCAUAUACUGAUCUCCACAAUACUUGCUGAUAUUCUCUUUUUGCUCAUUAGUCGAUUACUAUGGAGACAAUGACUUAAAAUUCUCUUCGUUUUUGCAAGAUAUUUGCUACAUCUGGCACCACCGAAACUCACCUUAUAAAUAGGAAGCAUUCUGCAACAUCUAUGCACAUAUCAUCCUCUUGACUCGUAAUCUCCCCAUACUUAAAUAAUCUCUUUCUAACCAGUUAUAUUAGUCUAUAACUCAACAUGGCAUCAAGCUCAAUGUCUUCUCAGAGCUCUGGCUCGUGGACUGCUAAGCAGAACAAAGCCUUUGAGCAGGCUCUAGCAACCUAUGACCAGGACACUCCUAACCGUUGGCAAAAUGUUGCCAAAGUCGUGGGUGGAAAAACAACAGAGGAGGUAAAGAGACACUACGAACUCUUAGUGCAAGACAUCAACAGCAUAGAGAACGGUCAUGUUCCAUUCCCAAACUACAGGACUAGUGGAGGCUGCACUAAUGGCAGGCUUAGUCAGGAGGAAAAAAGGAUGAGAAACAUGAGGCUGCAGUAAAUCAAAACCAUCGAGAAUAAAAGAGGAUUCACCGGUCGAUUUUUCUCGUAACCCUGUCAAUUGCGAAUUAUUGUUUAUAUCUAUAUUCCUACUUCCAAUGUUUCUCCCAUAAUCUUUGAGGACUCCAUAUCUUUCGAUUCUCCAGUUUUAACAAAUGAAUCUGUAUUAAGGUUAUUUGUAAUGAAAACUCCAACGUCAUCACGAAUCAUUGUCUUAGAAAAUGAAUAACUAAAGCAAAAACAUAGCUGGAAAAAAGCUA